CGGACUAGCGCCGGCCCGCGGUCGCAGUCUUUAGCGACUGGUCCCGGCUGCGACAUUUCUGACUUCUCCAUCCAUCAACAACGCGCGUGCCACCCAUUUUUUGAAUCGCCUUCCCAUCCAACUUCGUCUCAGAUCGCCUGCGAUCUGCCAUCUACGCGCUCUACUCAUCUUUGCGACCCAUAUUAUCCAAAAUGCCUGGUGGAAAGGGAAAGUCGAUCGGUGGAAAGGGUGGUUCCAAGGACUCUGCGGGGAAGGCCCAGAAGUCUCACAGCGCAAAGGCUGGUCUGCAGUUCCCCUGCGGUCGUGUUAAGCGUUUCUUGAAGAACAACACUCAAAACAAGAUGCGUGUUGGUGCUAAGGCUGCCGUCUACGUGACAGCUGUUCUGGAGUACCUGACCGCCGAAGUCUUGGAGCUUGCUGGUAACGCCGCCAAGGACCUGAAGGUCAAGCGUAUCACCCCUCGUCACCUGCAACUUGCCAUCCGUGGUGACGAAGAGUUGGACACCCUCAUCCGUGCCACUAUCGCCUUCGGUGGUGUUCUGCCCCGCAUCAACCGCGCCUUGCUCCUGAAGGUCGAGCAGAAGAAGAAGGGCAAGCCUGAGCUGUAA